GAAGCUCCCUCGCCAAGGAAAGCAGCCCAUAGGAGAGCAGCCCAGAUCCCACAGUGUUGGGAGGUAUGGCAUCCUCACUGGCAAAAAGGAAGCGGCAAGAUGAUGGGUAGAGAACGUGCCAGGAGAACAUUUUGCCCAGCUCCUGGCUCAGAGUGUUUAGGGCAUGUCCGUGACUGAUGCUGAGAGGAUCUGCUUACAUGCCUGGCUAUUGCAGAAGACGCUGAGUUUCCCCAGCUUGGCUCAGUCCCCGGCACAGAGGAAAGCUGGAUAGCCCGGAUGAACCACGACUUUGCACCUGCUCCUCCAGAGAUGCAGCCCCACAGGGCUCCAGGCCCCAGAACUUCUUUCUCUCGCAGCCACAUGCUGGGGCACCACAGCCACCAAAAGCUCGCUGCAGAUGUGUCCCCCCUCAUCCCCGUCAUCAAGAAGACUGUGCAUUUGGAUGCCUUCCCCCAAAGCAAUGCUCUACAGAAUUCCAACCAACCAAGCAUUAGAUCCAGGGCCUGGAGUAUGUCCCAACAGGGCACUGGCAUGGGAUCCCUGAGAUCCAUGACUCCCAAUAGCUGUAUCCCCAGGAAACUCAGCUCGAUUUCCUUGACAAUUCGCCAGAAUGUCCAAACACGGCCCCUAGAUGCUUCACUUUCUCAUUGGGAAGAAUUGCCCACUAUGCACAAGGAGGCUGUCACCCACAGAGAAGGAAGGCACUCUGCUUCAAGUCUGCCACUCAUGGCUCAAGUGCCACAGGUCAGGACCUCCUCUGAAGGCCAUGGGGACCCAGACCUUACCAAAUUCAACAGAACACCCACGGGGGAUAAGCCUCUGGUGUCUUCAUGUCUGACUUUACCUUUCCAAGCUCAGUUCACUCCGAGUUCACCAAGCCUUCCAGUGACAGGUCCCAUGGGUCACGUCCAUACCAGAACCUCUCCAGGAAGAGGCAAGUGCAGGUCCAGGGGUAUUCCCAGAUCCCGAGCACACCUCCAAAGGGCUACCUCUGCUACAAAUUUGUCUGUUGUGAGCACAAAACUAGAUAAGGCCAGACAUAUAGGCACAGUGGCUAUCAACAGACCAGAGUUAGCUAACAAUAUGCCCACACCAAACCCAUCCAGACUGGUUAGAAGCACAGAGCUUCCUAUUCUGGAUGCCAAGAUGGGCCUGGCCAUCAACUUACCUGUAGUAUCCAAGUCAGGAAAAGCCACAGAUUCGAUUAUAGCAGGCACAGUCAGGAAUUUAGCUAGAGCAGGGACAACUAAGCCAGGCCAGGUUAUGAAUUUGGUAACUCCAGAGUCAGACAAGCAGGAAAACGUCAUGCUUUUGACCACAGAGGGCUCAAACACAGCUUUGCCAACAUCGGAUGAGGCCAAGAGGGACAUAACCAGGUUGGACACAGUAAAAGCUUUGGCCAAAGCCACUGUAGGCAAGCCAGACACAACUAUAGAUUCUCCUGCGUUGGACCCAAGCAGACUAGGUACAGCUGUGGAUUCAGUUGUGCUGAUGUGCCCAGACUUAGCCAGUGAUGAGACCAAGCCACACACUGUCAACAAUCUGACUGUCCCAGACUCUGCCACCUAUGCUACCUCUCCUCUGAUGCCGAGCAGAAGCACAGACCCAGCCCAGGAUGACAUUGUGGACGCUUCCACAGACAGUCCCAUGGAACCUGCCUCGCUGAACCUGGCCAGAGAAUCCAAAGGGCUCCCAGAGGCUAGGACGGACGCAGCCAUGUCAGAGCUGGUACCCGAGCCCAGGCCUAAGCCGGCGGUACCCAUGAAGCCGGUCAGCAUCAACUCCAACCUGCUAGGCUACAUUGGCAUUGACACCAUUAUCGAACAGAUGCGCAAGAAGACCAUGAAGACUGGUUUUGACUUCAACAUCAUGGUCGUUGGCCAGAGUGGACUGGGCAAGUCAACGCUGGUCAACACGCUAUUCAAGUCCCAAGUGAGCCGAAAGGCCUCCAGCUGGAACCGGGAGGAGAAGAUCCCUAAGACAGUGGAGAUCAAAGCGAUUGGCCAUGUGAUAGAGGAAGGUGGUGUCAAAAUGAAACUAACGGUCAUCGACACACCUGGCUUCGGAGACCAGAUCAACAAUGAAAACUGCUGGGAGCCCAUUGAGAAAUACAUCAAUGAGCAGUACGAAAAGUUCCUGAAAGAAGAGGUAAACAUUGCUAGGAAGAAGCGGAUCCCUGACACCCGUGUCCACUGCUGCCUCUACUUCAUCUCCCCGACAGGACACUCCUUACGACCACUCGAUCUUGAGUUCAUGAAACACCUCAGCAAAGUGGUGAACAUCAUUCCUGUCAUUGCCAAGGCUGACACCAUGACCCUGGAGGAGAAGUCUGAAUUCAAGCAGAGGGUUCGCAAAGAGCUUGAAGUAAACGGCAUUGAGUUCUACCCUCAAAAGGAGUUUGAUGAGGAUUUGGAGGACAAGACAGAGAAUGACAAAAUCCGGCAGGAGAGCAUGCCCUUCGCGGUGGUGGGCAGUGACAAGGAGUACCAAGUGAACGGCAAGAGGGUCCUCGGGAGGAAAACACCCUGGGGAAUCAUCGAAGUGGAAAACCUCAACCACUGUGAGUUUGCCCUGCUUCGAGACUUCGUCAUCAGGACUCACCUCCAGGACCUCAAAGAAGUGACACACAACAUCCAUUAUGAGACUUACAGGGCCAAGAGGCUCAAUGACAAUGGAGGCCUCCCUCCGAACAAAAAGCUGUACGCCUCACUCAAGAGGUCUGGGGAAGGUUUUAUUUUAAAAUGCUGGGAGCAGGUGAGCCACAGGCAACUCUUUCUUACUUCUGACCCACCCACAAACUGGGGCUGCAAGUAUUCUUCAUGGACUGGUGGCUGAGCUAGCCUGUGGUGGGCUGUGGGAACUCAGAACAACUUUUCACUGUAAGUUGAGGUAAUCUGGAGGAAGGCUAGGACUUCUUGGGAAAACGGCAAGAAAAUUCAUGGGGAGCAGAGAAGAAAGCUGAGGGAUUCCUGCAGAAUUGGUGUCUGGAAAUAGAGCUCCAUCCUUGUGUCUAUGUUGGGGUCACUGUCAAACAGCGGAUCAUCACCGCUGCAAACCACUGCUUUCUGUGCCCACCCUCCCCAUAUUUCCAGGCUGGUUGGUUGCUUCCUCAUCCUGAUUUCUCUCCCCACUCCCCAGUGUCCUCUUCCCUUCUUCCUUCAUAUAGUCAUACAUUCGCCCCACUUCCUGCCGUCUCCGCCCUUUUGUCUCCUUUCAGAAUAACCUAUGUUAGAUUCCUUUCUAUAUUUAGAAAUCAUGCCCAGCCUACUUCCUAAAUUGGCUUUCUACUACCCUAAGAUAGAAUCACAACCAGGGGCUGAAGAGAUGGCUCUAUGCUUGGGAGCACCUUUCACUCUUACAGAGGACCCAGGUUUGAUUCCCAGCACCUUCUUGGUAGCUUACAGUUAUCUGUGACUCCAGUUCCAGAGGAUCUGACACCCUCUUUUAGCCUCCAUGAGCAUGGUGUACAUACACAUAGUCAAGCACUCAUAUGCAUAAGAUAAGAAUUAAAAAAAAAACCCUUUAAAAAAUAAGAUCCCAAGUAAAAGCAUGGAGCAGUACAUACUGAGAUUGCAAGAGAAUUCAGAGUUAUAGAGAAGCCUAGGAAAGCCAGCUUCUAUAGCUGACCACUGAUGUUUGCUCUGACUUGGGAGCAGCCUGGGGAAAUGGGAGACCUUGGUAGCUUGGGCUGCUCCCAGUGUUCUGUUCAAGGAAGCACAUAUGUUGGUCAAAUGAGGCAACCUUCAGGUGGAGGAAAUUACAUUCUCGAACUAAUUCUGAAUUAUCAGGAAAAAAAAUAUACAGAGUUUCUUAGGCCGCUGGACUUCUAUGACAAAUUUUAACGCAGGUUUCCCUGACUCUAGCAGCCUUCUGUCUGUGUUAAGCUGGCUUCUCUGUGGCUUUGUUUCUUACAAACGCGACACACUCUUUCUCUGUUCUCAUUUGUCUGUCUGUCUGUCUUGGCUUCUCCCCUCCCGGCAUUCUCCCACCAUCUGAUCCUGUAGAUGUUCCCAGAAAUGCCCAUAGCCGUACAUUUAGCCUUCUGUUGCCUUCUCAGGAGCCCUGUAGUCACUAAUGCACACAUUGACUGCCUCCUUGCACAUACAAGUUAUUCUUUUUUUUUUUUCCUUGUAGUUUCUAAGGCUGCUUUAAGGAAAGCCAUUUAGCCUUAGGAAAGGGAAGACACCACGUGACUCUGUUUACAACUGAUCUAUCCAGUAUCCCACCUCCCGGUCCAGCCUGGGUGUUGAACUGGUUCUGGCUGAAUGCCAGCAUUUAUGACCUCAGUCUUUUAUUACCCAGUCCCUAGAAAACAAAACAAAACAACAACAGCAACAACAACAACAACAACAAAAAAAACCAGAAAGAGAUGGAAGACACAUAAUUCAGUGGACCAAUCGGAAAAGGAGGGAAUGAUCAGAUCAUGUGACCCUAAUCCUAUGGUCUUAGUCUGUCCUGGAGACUUAUCUAUCACUAGCCCUCAUCCCUCGUCCCCCUCUCCCCGUAACAUUUACUAAAGAGUGGUCAGCCGUCAGGCUAGAAUGGUAGCAACAUUAUAGAGCUCACUGACUGCUCCAGUGAGCUGCUGUCACCAUAUGGUGACAUGGGAUUGGGUACCUAGGGCCAGCAGGGGAUGAGGAUAGUGGGCAUUGGAGAGGCUAAGCAGGAGAAUGCUGCCUGUCCCCCCUAAGCUGUGGUCUCACUCUCCCUGGAUACGCUGUUUUAUGUGUUUGCUGCCGGCUGCCGGUCUCCACCCCCUCAACCCUUCUCAACUACCCCUGCAGGGAGAAGGCCUCCUGGGCACUGUCCUUCCACCUGUGCCAGCCACCCCCUGCCCCACUGCUGAAUGAAGGCCAUUUCAAGCGCUGCUUCUCCCUCAUCCCUCCCAGCUGGUAUUGCUGCAGGGCCACGCCCCUUUUAAUGCUGUGCUUGUCCAGCCCACCAGCACAGCCCCUCUCAGCCCUCAGCAGGUGGGAGGGGCUAGCUGCGUCUUUAGGACAGUUGCUUCCUCUGUUUAACCAAACGACUCCUCUCCUCCCAAUGGAAUGGAGUUCCCGCCAGCACCACCCUGCUCCAUCAUCUGUGUCAGCAGCCCUCCCCCCACCCCCCGCCCUUGUGUAGGGAGGAGGAACUCUCGGAGAGCUUCUCCUGCCCUUGCAAGCGCCUACCAGAGACUUGUAACUGUCUCCAAGGGAACCGGCAUUGCUUUCUAGCCUUUCAUCUGCAUGAGUACUUUCUUGGCUACCUUAAACGGUCAAGAAAGCAACUUUCCUGCUUGUCAGAGUCACUGAGGUCAGCCGUGUGAGCCCCUGUGUGGGACAAGGGUGUCUCCUUCAUUGCUUAAAGGUAUUUAUAAGGGUGAUUCAUUAUACAUGGUGGGGAGCCAGAGGGCUAGCGUCACUUUAAAAAAAAUCACCGCUGGUGGCUGGCCCAGUGAGUAUGUGUGUAGACAACCUGUUUACCCCAAACCAUGGCCAUCUGGGAAGUGGCUUUGCUGAAAGAGGUUGCUGGAGUUGACUUCCUUAUCCCCAAACUUUAAAAGAAAGGGAAUUAAACACACACACAGACUACCCCAAACCCACAAGCUAUACACUCUAGGAAGAAAAAUAGCACCCUUUUAUACAUUUAGCAAUAAGAGGGAUCUUCCCACCUACCUUGACUAGUCCUAUACCCAUCCCCCACCCUGUUAAUGUGAGCAAUGCAUUAGCUUGACCACGGGUGGUCGCUAUAGGCUAAUGGAAAAUACCCAAUGGCGGGCAAAGCCCCCAUCAGAUGCAUGAAUGUUUGAACGGCUGCCACUGCCCUAUACACUGUGUCUUUAUAGACCCCUCCCUCAGCCACCCCACCUGCCAUCUCCACCUGGACACAACUUGCUCAAAGGCUGGUGACUUGUGGGCCAUUCAUCUACAAGUCCCAAUGGAACAAGAGGCCCUAGCCUAGGGGAUGCAAGAACGACCCAUUUUUACAAUGUUAUUAGUCCCAGCCAAUGUUUUGGUGAUAUUCCCAGUUCAGUUUCCCAAUUGAAAACAAGCCAACAGACACUCAGACUGGUCAUGUAAAUGUUGCUAGCCUCUGUUGUACAACUAAACAUUACUGUUUGAACAAUGAUGGCCUGGACUUUG